CCAGAGGGAUGACCUCUUCUGUCUCCACAGGGCUGGCAUUGAGGAAGAGUACCCUGCUGCCGGUGGAUCGAAUACUCCCGCCCGAAUGCACAGCCCGGAUCAGCCUGCUCAGACUCAAAGCUUCUCAGUGGGGCAAAUCACUUUGUCUAGUUUACUGGAGAGAGAGGAGGAAGCUGACUUAAUGGGUCCCGUCUGACACACUAUAGCACCAUCACCAGACACUGUAGUGACUACAGGAUUUGCCUGAGUCACCCUGAGAAGAGCAGCAGAUCCAAUGUCCUUGUAAUGACGUGGCUCAGGUUUGACCUCGGAGAUGCCGAAGAGACGAGACAUUCUGGCCAUCGUGUUGAUCGUGUUGCCUUGGACGCUACUCAUCACUGUUUGGCAUCAGGGUGCCAUCAACCCCUUGCUAGCUGCUCGAAAGGAUGACAGACAUGAGAGUCGACGAGACUCCCGGAACACCUUCACCCUCAAGAAGCCCUGCUCCUCUGAGAACAACAAGGACAUUGUGGAGGUGGUACACACCGAAUACGUCUACAGCCGCCCGCCGCCCUGGUCUGAUGUCCUCCCCACCCUCCACGUCGUCACCCCAACCUACAGCCGGCCGGUCCAGAAGGCAGAGCUGACACGUCUGGCUAACACCUUCCUCCACGUGCCUAACCUGCACUGGAUCCUGGUGGAGGACUCUCCGAGACGAACCCCGCUGGUCACCAGGCUUCUCCGGGAAACAAGCCUGAACUACACUCACCUCAACGUGGAGACACCCAGGAACUAUAAGCUGCGUGGGGACACGAGGGACCCCAGGAUACCCCGGGGAACCAUGCAGAGGAACCUGGCCCUGCGCUGGCUCCGAGAGACGUUCAGCUCCAAUAAUAGACACAGCCAGCCAGGUAUCGUCUACUUUGCAGAUGAUGACAACACCUACAGUCUGGAGCUGUUUGAGGAGAUGCGUUCAACGAGGAAGGUGUCGGUGUGGCCUGUAGCCUUUGUGGGCGGCCUGCGCUACGAGUCCCCUAAGGUCAACCUCCUGGGCAAGGUGUAUGGAUGGAAGACUGUGUUUGACCCGCACCGACCCUUUGCCAUAGACAUGGCUGGGUUUGCGGUGAACCUCCGCCUCAUUCUCUUUAAACCUCAGGCCUACUUCAAGCUGCGGGGAGUCAAGGGAGGAUACCAGGAGAGCAGCUUACUGCGGGAGCUGGUCACCCUCAAUGACCUGGAGCCCAAGGCUGCUAAUUGCACUAAGGUACUUGUAUGGCACACUAGGACAGAGAAGCCUGUUCUGGUGAAUGAGGGAAAGAAAGGAUUUACCGACUCCAACGUGGAGAUAUGAAACUUCUUCCAACACAGGUAAUAAGAAAGCUUUACAUUAACUGGGAUUAUGUACCUUUCCCAAAGUUCCCAGGUUUUUCAAACGGAAUUUUGCAACCUUAUGUCUGAGGGCCAACCUGUCUAUCUGAGCCUCUGUGAGCUUAUUAUUAUAUUAAAACAUUUAAUAUUAUUCUAUUAUUCAUAGAGUAAAGCUUUGCCGAAUCUGUCUGAAUUUGUAUAACAGGGAUGUUAUGAUUUCAUAAAAUAAAAACUUCACAAGUGAUCCAUACUAAAAAGCUAUUUUUAUGGUUUAAUGUCUAUGAACCCCUCUUCAAAACCAGUUGCCUAAACAAUUCUCUGUGUUUGGUAUUAAUGAGAAUGUAACUCUGAAAUUAUUUCUUAAUUAUGUAUUUUCUUUAUCUCCUAAGCCCAUAUACUUUACACCAUUGAGUUAUUAAUAAAUAUGACUGUCAUUCCAAACGGACUGACAAAAGACAAGGCAGGCAGGAUUGGAGUUUAACAUGUAUUUACAGUAAUAGUACUGUAAAGGGAGUCAGACAGCCACCUUGUCUAUUACAAGCAGCACAUAGCCACGUAUCAAGACAGGUGUAUAAUAUCAAAGCAUAGCUUCAAAGAUGGUGACACUGUAUCUAGCUAAGCGUUUUACUGAUGCAUCGAUGGAAGCUGUACACGAGGAGCUAGCCAGUCGCCAGAGUGCAGCUUAAGACAAAAGACUGUCGGUGGUUCAGACUACUGUCGGUGGUUCCUUACAAUGGCCAAUAAGAAGCAUUGUCAACCCAGCCGACACGAACCAACUGUCCAAUCAACAUCCUUAAAACUAGGUACUGGACCAAACCGGACCAAUCAGGGGACCUGAAUGGCCCUUGUUUGCUGGUGAUUGGGCUCCCUUUGUCGUAGAGCGGACUCUUGGGGUGUGGAGCAGACCUGGAUAAAGGGGUCCUUGUCUGACUCGAGUCAGCAUUGACUGAAAGAAUGAUCUGGAGAGGACAUGAACCCUUCCCACGUUCCACUGUAAAACACUGAACAGACACAGACAGCUACACUCCCUCAAAUCACUAAUUAUGACACGUCUCAUACACAGACACAGAUAGGCGUGCACAGUGUACAGACAUACAAAUGCGUUUGCACAGACACACACAUACAUACAUGCGGGUGAGCAUGCGUGACGCACAUGCACACAGACUUUUGGUUGUUUGUUUUUUGUCCAUUUGCACAUGUUUACUGAUCACAUAACACUACUGAUUGUAUCAGCACUUUAAGAUCAGGCUCUGCUGCCUGUGUUCAUUUUGGUGUGAAAUGCUGUUUCACCUACAACAGAAAAUAGGUGAGGACGUUUGCCAGUGAAAACGUUUUAUUUAAAAAAUAAAAAAUAAAUGUUAUAAUGCUAGUCAAUGCAAUAUUAUUAUUUCACAACACAUACUACAGGAUACAUGCCAGUAAUAGUCUUCCCUUGAUACAGUAUGUCAUUUUCUGACCAGUCUUGACCCCAAACACCACUUAUUGACCUUUGAUUUGAUAUUCAAAGGUAAACAGAAGGAAUACUUCUGCAUUGUAAACUGCCACUGUAAUAUUUAUAUGUAAAUACGAUCAUAAAAAUGUACUUAGUAUGUCAGCAUCUCUUUGCUUUCCUUGUUUGACGUGGUUUAUUAUUAUUGUUGAUAUUGUAAUUUCUGUUCAAAAUCAUAGCAUUGGUUUAAAUUUGUAUUAAUUAGUCCUAUACAGUCCUGGUCUCAGGGAAGAUACAUUAUUGAAGUGCCAGGCAUAUACAGCACACUAACUCAUAUUUGCCAAUUUGAUGCAUGAUGAAUACUAAAAUAAAACUGCUGA